AUGACGCAGAACUCGACGCGCCGGCGGCGACGCCGGGACCCCGCGUCGCUGCCGCCCGGCGACGCGCACCUCAUCGCGCUCAUCGUGGAGCAGCUCAAGAGCCGCGGCCUGUUCGACGGCUUCCGCCGGGACUGCCUGGCCGACGUGGACACCAAGCCAGCUUACCAGAAUUUGAGACAGAAAGUGGACAAUUUUGUAUCUACGCAUCUGGACAAACAGGAAUGGAAUCCAGCAAUGAACAAGAACCAGUUACGAAAUGGACUAAGACAGAGUGUGAUUCAGUCGGGGAUGCUGGAAGCUGGAGUGGACAGAAUUAUUUCUCAGGUGGUGGAUCCAAAACUAAACCACAUCUUCAGGCCACAGAUAGAGAAGGCAAUUCAUGAGUUCCUGGCUGCACAGAAGAAAGAGGAAACUGUGCCAGCUCCUCCUCCAGAGCCAGAGAAUAAGGAUCCUCCUGCUCCAUCCCAAGAUGCUUCCUAAGAGUGUUCCUGGUACUGAACAGCUUGCAAUUACAAAAUACACCAUUUGGUAGACUGGCAGUGGAUUUAGUCCAUCUCUCACAGGGCUGUUGUCUGCCAGUGAAGAGGAACUUUCUUCAGACCUGACGGAAGUAUCAGUAAAACUCAUGGGCAUCCAGAGUCCCGAGUAUGGAAGUACAGUCUACAUAUGGGACUGUUUUAUUAGAAUAGACAGCAGCAUGCGUGCUUGUGACCAUGCUGGGGUGGGGGGGUUCUCUUGUUUGAAGGGGCUAGGAAAGGGGAAUGGAUGGGAUACCGCAGUUUGACAGAGUAUGAUGGAAAGUUUUUCAGUUACAUAAAGGCUUUAGAGCUCAUUCUGUAUGGUUCUUGGAAGGUCAUUAUGGGACUUUGAUUUGGGCCAGGUAAGAGCUUCACGCUCACUUGCUACAUAAUGCAGUAUCGAGAAUUGGAUGGAAAGAUAAAGCGACUAAUCAGUGCCUGUUUUAGAAAGGACAUUCCUGGCUUUAAGCUGUAAAGAAUGCUUUUAGAGAGUCAGCCAUCUGAGGUUUAGAUAGAGACCAACUUCUGACAUGCUGUAGGAGGGGUUUACAGUUUGCUAUGUGAACAAUAGCCAACUUAGCCAGUGCUCUUCUUCCCUCAGGGACUGUAGAGAGAAGCAAGGGGUAUCAGUGGGUGAAGAAUCUGAAAUCUAUAGUUCUCCCAACAAAAUUCUUCAGGUAUCUUUUUAGAAGUUGCUCAUAUGCAUGGGGAGAGCCAAGUAGAGUGCAGCUAGUGUUUGGAGUGUCUUUUUCAAAUAAAAGAGUUGAGGGAAAAACAGCAGCUAACUUGGACUCCUUGAUUUUUUUUUUUUUCCUUGGGAACAUGAUUAAAGUUAUGAAUAAAGGUC